AUGCACCCUGACGGCCACAGUGAGAGGAAACACAGACACAAUGUACAAAAACCUUUCAUAUGUGAUUCAUAAAAUAAUGGAGGGAAUCUACCUCCUACACCACCCAGUGGAGGGAACGAGAGACGCAGUAUCACUGAAGAGAGGACAAAUGAGAGGAGAGGACAGCAGAGGAAAUUAUGGUAUAAUAUUGUGGAGCCAUUGAAAAAAAAUGGGGAAAAAUAAACAAUAGCUUUCAAUAGACAUUUCCAGAUAGAAAUUAAGUCUAAAAUAAUCUGAGGAAGAGGCGAGUAUCAACUUAAAACCCUUAACCACAAACCACAGAAGAAGUGUUACAUAUCCAGCUAUCAGAGGAGGAGCCUCAUAGUCAUACACUGGUAUAGGCUGGGUAUACCUGCAACCAUGAGGAUGUCUCACUGUCUUAUCUCUCAGUUGGUUUAACCAGUCUGUUUCAGGAUGUCACUCAUAUUGCUGUUGCUCCUCUCUGUGUUUGUAGGUGAGUGCUGAAUUCUCAGCUUAAACCAAAUAACAAUUUGAUUUCCCCGCGUUCAAUUAAAGAUUCCAUAAAAACAAAUGGUAGUAAAACUCUCAAAUUGUAAUUCUUACUGUUAUCAUGUCUGUGCGUUAUCAUGUCUGUACGUUUUGAAUCACAAUACUUUUGUUGUUGCAGGCAAUAGUAUGGAGCAGGAAACAAUAACUUCACUGAAGCCUGAAGUCAAUGCUCUCCAAGAAACAGACAUCACUCUCUCAUGCAACUACAAGGGAAACGUUUACAAUCUCCAAUGGUACCGUCAAUACCCCGGAUCAAGACCAGAAUGUCUUCUUUUGAUCCUACCAACCAACAAGCAUGUACAGAAUACAUCCAUUACGACUCCACGACACACUGGUAGACUGAAUGAAGAGAAGACCCGUGUUGACUUAAAGAUCUCCUCUGUUAUAUUGGAAGACUCUGCUCUGUACUACUGCGCCUUGCAGCCCACAGUGACAGGAAACUCAAACACACUGUACAAAAACCUGUCAAGAGCCUUGGGGAUAAACAGUGUCUUGGUGGAGACAUUGCAUUCUGAUAGAUCAGUUAUUAUUUAGAGUACAUUAUUACAAAUAUUUUCCCUGCAUCUCCACAUCAACUGAAAAAUAAAAUAUAACUGUUAUUUUAUUGAAAUAAUUCCCUUCUUCAGGAAAUAAUACUUUAUAAUGUCUACAUGUACCUGUUGUGAUAUAACAUGAUCACUGAUACUAGUCUGAAUAAAUACAGAAUGAAGAACAUUUGUUGUGUUGUUUUGCAUCUAUAGAGGACUAAGGGUAGUAAUUGUCUUAUUCUUCUCCAUUGGUUUGUGUGAACAGCAUACAUUUUGAGACAAUACCAAUAGAGGGCAGUCAUGAGCUGAAUUAUCUCUAUUCAGAACUACAGCAUAAUCAUGAAGAUGACAUUUAGCAGCAAUCCAACCCAGAAAGACAGUUGAACUCAAAUACCCAACCACCUUUAGUGUGGAGAGGUGGAGCUACAAAGUCAAUGAGUGCUUUGGCAAUACAGUAUGUAGUCUACAAGAUGUUUGAGGAAAGGACAGUGAUAUACUCUUACUUUACACCACAUAAAGCCAGUCAUUCAGUCCCCAUAAAUAUGUUUUAUGCUAUUCUACUUCUUUCAAUGUCCAUUGGUAAGUGCAUAGGUUUUGCGUUGGGUUUUGCAAUGCAGGUUUGGAUUUCAGACAUACAGUUGAAGUCGGAAGUUUACAUACACCUUAGCCAAAUACAUUUAAACUCAGUUUUUCACAAUUCCUGGCAUUUAAUCCUAGUACAAAUUCCCUGUCUUAGGUCAGUUAGGAUCACCACUUUAUUUUAAGAAUGUGAAAUGUCAAAAUAACAGUAGAGAGAAUUAUUUAUUUCAGCUUUUAUUUCUUUCAUCACAUUCCCAGUGGGCCACAAGUUUAUAUACACUCAAUUAGUAUUUGGUAGCAUUGCCUUUAAAUUGUUAAACUUGGGUCGAACGUUUCGGGUAUCCUUCCACAAACUUGAAUUUUGGCCCAUUCCUCCUGACAGAGCUGGUGUAACUGAGUCAGGUUUGUAGGCCUCCUUGCUCGCACAUGCUUUUUCAGUUCUGCCCACAAAUGUUCUAUUGGAUUGAGGUCAGCGCUUUGUUAUGGCCACUCCAAUACCUUGACUUUGUUGUCCUUAAGCCAUUUUGCCACAAUUUUGGAAGUAUGCUUGGGGUCAUUGUCCAUUUGGAAGACCCAUUUGCGACCAAGCUUUAACUUCCUGACUGAUGUCUUGAGAUGUUGCUUCAAUAUAUCCACAUAAUUUUCCUUCCUCAUGAUGCCAUCUAUUUUGUAAAGUUCCCCAGUCCCUCCUGCAGCAAAGCACCCCCACAGCAUGAUUCUGCCACCCCCGUGCUUCACGGUUGGGAUGGUGUUCUUCGGCUUGCAACCAACCCCCUUUUUCCUCCAAACAUAACGAUGGUCAUUAUGGCCAAACAGUUUUUGUUUCAUCAGACCAGGAGACAUUUCUCCAAAAAGUACUAUCUUUGUCCCCAUGAGCAAUUGCAAAGCGUAGUCUGGCUUUUUUAUGGUGGUUUUGGAGCAGUGGCCUCUUCCUUGCUGAGCGGCCUUUCAGGUUAUGUCGUUGUAGGACUCGUAUUACUGUGGAUAUAGAUACUUUUUUACGUGUUUCCUCCAGCAUCUUCACAAGGUCCUUUGCUGUUGUUCUGGGAUUGAUUUGCACUUUUCGCACAAAAGUAUGUUCAUCUCUAGGAGACAGAACGCGUCUCCUUCCUGAGCGGUAUGACGGCUGCGUGGUCCCAUGGUGUUUAUACUUGCAUACUAUUGUUUGUACAGAUGAACGUGGUACCUUCAGGCAUGUGGAAAUUGCUCCCAAAGAUGAACCAGACUUGUGGAGGUCUACAGUUUUGAGGUCUUGGCUGAUUUCUUUAGAUUUUCCCAUGAUGUCAAGAAAAGAGGCACUGAGUUUGAAGGUAGGCCUUGAAAUAUAUCCACAGGUACACCUCCAAUUGACUCAAAUGAUGUCAAUUAGCCUAUCAGAAGCUUCUAAAGCCAUGACAUCAUUUUCUGGAAUUUUCCAAGCUGUUUAAAGGCACAGUCAACUUAGUGUAUGUAAACUUCUGACCCACUGGAAUUGUGAUACAGUGAAUUAUAAGUGAAAUAAUCUGUCUGUAAACAAUUGUUGGAAAUAUUACUUGUGUCAUGAACAAAGUAGAUGUCCUAACCGACUUGCCAAAACUAUAGUUUGUUAACAAGAAAUUUGUGGAGUUGUUGAAAAACAAGUUUUAAUGACUUCAACCUAAGUGUAUGUAAACUUCCUACUUCAACUGUAUGUCGAUAUAGCAUUGAUGGCACGUACAUACAUUGCAAUGUGAUUUAUUUAAAACAUGUUUAACAUUAUUUAUUUCAGGGAGCAAUUAUGAGGAGGAAAUAAUAUCAGCCACAACUGAAGAGUGUGUUUUUUGAGGGUGAUGGUUUACUCUGUCCUGCAACUACACUGGCUCUUACAGUACUGAUAUUUUACUGUAGUACCAACAAUACCCUAGAUCAACACCAGAAUUCCUGCUCCUAAUCACUGAAGGUUUAAUACACAUAAUGAAUCGACCAUUCCUCGACUGUCUGUUAAACUGAAUGACGAUAAGACCUAUGUGGAUCUGGAGAUCUCCUCUGCUGAAUUGCAAAAUGAACUUGCUAACAACCUGUUGUCGUAUUCGCGUGGUUGUUGUCAUCAACCAGAAACCGUAAGCAGAGCAUGCUGUCAUUUGACAUUUCAACGUUUUUUAAACUUCUUUACUCAAAAUGACAGUGACGAAGCAGACACAACUUUUUACUGUGAAAGAGGCUUUAUCUAUGAUGGUUGGUGAUAUGUAUUUGCACAAGUCCUUGCUCUUUGAAAAGCGAUGAUGUCGAGGUGAGUGAAAUAAGUAAACAGCAGAUAUACAUCUGUGGAAAAAAUUAAGAGACCACUGCAAAAUUAUCAGUUUCUCUGGAUGUACUAUUUAUAGGCAUGUGUUUGGGUAAAAAUAACAUUUUUGUUUUAUUCUAUAAACUACUGACAACAGGUCUCCCAAAUUCCAAAUAAAAAUAUUGUCAUUUAGAGCAUUUAUUUGCAUAAAAUUACAACUGGUCAAAAUAAUAAAAAAGAUGCAGUGUUGUCAGACCUCGAAUAAUGCAAAGAAAAUAAGUUAAUGUUCAUUUUUAAACAACACAUUACUAAUGUUUUAACUCAGGAAGAGUUCAGAAAUCAAUAUUUGUUGGAAUAACCCUGAUUUUCAAUCACAGCUUUCAUGCGUCUUGGCAUGCUCUCCACCAGUCUUUCACAUUGAUGUUGGGUGACUUUAUGCCACUCCUGGUGCAAAAAUUCAAGCAGCUCGGCUUUGUUUGAUGCCUUGUGACCAUCCAUCUUCCUCUUGAUUACAUUCCAGAAGUUUUCAAUGGGGUUCAGGUCUGGAGAUUGGGCUGGCCAUGACAGGGUCUUGAUCUGUUGGUCCUCCAUCCACACCUUGGUUGACCUGGCUGUGUGGCAUGGUGCAUUGUCCUGCUGGAAAAUCCAAUCCUCAGAGUUGGGGAACAAUGUCAGAGCAAAAGGAAGCACGUUUUCUUCCAGGACAACCUUGUACGUGGCUUGAUUCAUGCGUCCUUCACAAAGACAAAUCUACCCGAUUCCAGCCUUGCUGAAGCACCCCCAGAUCAUCACCGAUCCUCCACCAAAUUUCACAGAGGGUGCGAUACACUGUGGCUUGUAGGCCUCUCCAGGUCUCCGUCUAACCAUUAGACGACCAGGUGUUGGGCAAAGCUGAAAAUUGGACUCAUCAGAGAAGUUUCUACUGAUGUAAUUCAUAUGGAAACAGCCCAAGCUAGCUAACUAGUUAGUCUGUCAGGCAAGUUGUGUGUAGCGGUACAUUUGGGCUGCGUCAACCUCAGUUGUCACUUUCACUAGCUAGCCAUACAGACAACCAGCUAACUAGCCACCGAAAUGAAGGCUAGAGUAAUUUGUGUUUAACUGUUGGGCUUAGGUUAUGGUUUGUCAGGUUUGCUAGGGAAUGGGAGGUGUGUUACUGUAUCACACAAUUUAUUAUGGAAACUGAGAGAGAGAGAUUAUGUUCCUGACUACAAUUGUAUCCUAUUUGUUGCUCCUCUCCCUCUGUUACUCUGUUCCUCUGGGUCAGUGAAAGUGAGGGAAGUGAUGUGGAGAGUCAGGGCUCAGCAGCAAAAGGGGAGGAGUUAGAGAUGAUUGGAGGGACAGAGAUGUGGGGGAGAGAAGAGUGGAGGGAGAGAGGAAGAGGAGAGUUAAGAGGAGGGAGAGUAGAGGGAGAGAGGAAGAAGAGCGAAGGAGUGAAGAGGAGGGAGAGAAACAUGGAGAGGAAGAGGGAGAGGACGAGAAAGAGGGAGAGGACGAAGUUUGCAUUUUUUUAUUGUUACAGGAGUAAGAAUCAUUGUCAAUCAAAUAGCCUACUUUGUGUGGGUUUUGAAAUACAUUCUGAAUAUUGUCCUCUGGUCACAUUUAGGAUAUUUUAUUUAUUUAUAUGUAAAUAAAAUGUAUAAGUAUAAUAUAUUAUACUUGGUACAUUUUUUGUGUGUCAUUUAGUCUAAUUUAUUACAAUUGAAAUACUCUAGGGUUUUUUGUUGUGUUUAUUGUUAAUUGUUUUCUGAUAGUGUGUGUCUUUACACAAUGGAAGACAAAAUGAGUGUUAUUCCAAUUGACAUGAAUGUGGUGUCAUAGUAAAGAAGAGGUAGAGCUCUUUAAAACUAAGUUAACUUGUAAUUGUCAUUUGUUCUUUGUUAUUGAGCUAUGUCUGUUAGUUUGAAAUGUGUGAGAAAAUUAGCUUUAUCUUGAAAAUUCUCAGUAAUCUACAGCAGCAUUCUAGAAUUAUAUUGGAGUCUAAAGGGUUAAGAGGAUAUAAACUGGGAAUUAGAUAUUUUUGGCUGAUAUUAUGAUUGUUUAUUUGUUUAAUAUCUGCAAAGUAGUUAAAACACUGUCCAUUCCACUUUAAGGUUAGGCAUUAACUCUGAAUGGGUAAGGUAGGUGUUAAGGUUUGGGAUAGGCUUAAAACAAAAUUCUCAAAAACAACUCCCCAAUUCCUCCUCUUCAUCCACCAUGCCUCUAGGACUGUAGUGAGAGCUAAACCUCCAUACCCUCACCUCACUGUUAAACUGAACAAAGAGAAGACCUGUGUGGAUCUGGAUAUCUCCUCUGCUGAAGUGAGAGACUCUGCUCUGUACUACUGUGCUGUAGAUCCUAUAAUGACAGGAAACUGAGAAACACUGUACAAAAACCAUAAGACACUCUGCACUGUACUGCUGUGCUGUGACGUCCACAGUGACGCAUAACUUAUUGACUCAGCAGUGAGCUGAAUUUAUGGAUUUACAAGCACCUGCUGUCUUCUGUUAGACCACAGUGCCAUCAAGUGGAUUCUCUGGUGAAUAAAUCAAAUGUCUGUGAAACAUCUUUGAUUCUACAUUGUCAGUAGGAGGAGCUAGAGUAUAAAACUCAGGAUCAGAUUAUGAAUCCUCAAUAUAAGACAUGAUACUACCAUGAAAAUCAUAGCCACUUGAUGCUGUGCUUUUCAUCAGCAGCUGGUACUUAAUCUACACAUCCUGCCAUCUACAAUGUUGUUCUGUUCACUUUUACUCUUCUUUGACUUGAUAGGUAAGUCAUGCCAUUUUCAUUUAAACUGAGUGUGAUAAUGUUAAGGUGUAUUUAUUUUUCAAAUCAAAGAUUAUGAAGAUAAUGCACGACAUGAGGAUACAUGUUUUUUACUUUGAAUACAUUCUAAUUCAAUCUUCCAUGUGGGUUUAAAGUAUUCAAUAUAAUAUAUGUUUUAUGUUUUACAGGUCUCAGUUCUGAACAGGUAUUAACACCCUACACUGAUUUAGAAGUGGCUUCAGGAAGGGACAGAGUUACUCUCUCUUGUAACUACACCUCUUCUGGUGACACUCUUUAAUGGUUUCGGCAAUAUCCCAAAUCUGCACCACAGUUACUGGUUAAGGAGUAUGCGGAUAUUACACCAGGGUUCAGUCUAAAUCAUGACAAAAAUGCCAAACGUAUGGAUCUGGAGAUCUCCUCUGCUGAAUUGACAGACUCUGCUCUGUACUACUGUGCUCUGAGGCCCACAGUGACAGGAAACCCAGAAACACUGUGCAAAAACCUAUAA